AUGAGUAUCCGUUCACUCGUCUCUUUUGCUUUUCACCCUCGAAUGCUAUCCUUUCUUUUUCCCCGCUUGCAGAGUAAUACACAAAGCGUGUCAGAAGCUGAUCUAGGAGCACUUCAUCCAGCUACGUCCCCUUACGACAUCAGCAAGAGUCAAAAUUUUGAGAUCGCAUGGCCGGGACAAUUCAUGAGCUCUGUGUUAACCGCGAUAUGCUAUUCUUGUUUCGACACGUUCCUUGCGGUUCUCGUGUUAUACUUGUGCGGUCAAUUAACUGUUCUUAGGAUGGCUCUCGAGGAUCCGACAUACGCGACGAAAAAGAAUAAUUACGCAAAGUUCUAUGAACGACUGAGAUUCACUGUGAACCAGGACAAUCAGUUGUCUAGGUUUGCCGCGAUCCUGGAAGAUCGUUUCAACUUCACGAUACUUAUUCGGGUUAUAAUCUGCACGUCGUUGUAUUGUCUAACUGGAUGCCGUAUGAUAACCUCCGUAAAUCAGGUGCAAGCGGACCUGCCAAUAGUUGGAAUGAUAUUUCUCAUCAUACACGUAAUUUAUACUGUGCUGCUUCUUCUCACUUAUGACCAUGUGGGUGAAAUGCUUCGUGGACAAGUGAGUUAUUUAUAUAUAAAUAGAAAAUUUGUCUAAAGGUUAAAAU